AAACCAGCAAAAUAUAAGCCUAUUGGCUUGAAACCACCAAUCAAACCAUUCCUUUCAAUGUUACUCUUCAAUAUGUUCAUCCCCAAUUACUACUACUACUAUAUUCAGUUUUAAAAUAAAAUAUAGAAUAUAUAUAGAUUAUAUAAAUUGACUCUUUGGAUUUAAAAUCAAAAAUGUCAAGAAGAUUAAAUUUCAGAAAUUCAAUUUCAAUUGAAGCUCCAACAUCAUCAACUUCUGGGCAUUUUCUAAAUGGUGGCUUAUUUCUUGAAAGCAACAAUCUUUCUCAUUAUCUAAACGACGUCGUUUUAGCAGAAAACAGUACCCAUUACAGCUCCGGUCGCCGGAAUAACGGUGGUGGUGUUUUCCGGCAAAAAGAUUGGAUUUUGGGAUGUGGGUUUUUGUCAGUUAGUUUGUCAGUCAAGGGGAAUGAUGGUAUUGAUGGGAGUUCAAGAAAUCAGAUUUUGGCGGCGGCGGCUGCGGCGGUCAAUGGGGGCGGUAAUGGGGUGGUUGAGGAUAAGAAGAAAAAGAUUAAUGUUAGAUUAAGAGGGAAGCCUGCUGCUAUGAAUACUACUAAACAUUUGUGGGCUGGAGCUGUUGCUGCCAUGGUUUCAAGAACUCUCGUGGCACCACUUGAAAGACUAAAGCUGGAAUACAUGGUUCGUGGUGAACAGAAGAAUCUUUUUGAUUUAAUUAAAACUAUUGCUUCUUCUCAAGGCUUGAGAGGCUUCUGGAAAGGAAAUUUUGUUAACAUUCUUCGCACGGCUCCAUUUAAGGCUCUGAAUUUUUAUGCUUACGAUUCGUAUAGAAAGCAACUUCUAAGGAUAACUGGAAAUGAAGAUACAACAAAUUUUGAGAGGCUUUUUGCUGGUGCUGGGGCUGGCAUGACUGCUAGUAUUCUUUGUUUGCCACUUGACACUAUUCGAACACGACUAGUGGCACCAGGCGGUGAAGCUUUGGGUGGUGUCAUUGGAGCUUUCACCCACAUUAUUCAAACCGAAGGGUUCUUAUCUCUUUAUAAAGGACUGGUUCCUUCAAUUUUAAGCAUGGCACCUUCGAGUGCAGUCUUUUAUGGAGUUUAUGAUAUAUUAAAAUCAGCGUACUUGAAUUCUCCUGAAGGAAAACAAAGAAUCAAGUACAUGAGUCAGCAGGGUGAAGGUUUAAAUAUUUUGGAACAGUUAGAAUUGGGACCAAGGAGAACGUUAUUACAUGGAGCCAUUGCCGGUGCAUGUGCAGAGGUGGCUACUUAUCCAUUUGAAGUCGUAAGAAGGCAGCUACAGUUGCAAGUCCGUGCAAAUAAAUUGAGUGCAUUAGCAACAUGUAUAAAAAUUGUUGAGAAUGGAGGUGUUUCGGCUCUUUAUGCAGGACUUAUUCCUAGUUUAUUACAGGUACUGCCUUCAGCUGCAAUAAGCUACUUUGUUUACGAGUUCAUGAAGAUCGUCUUGAAGGUGGAGUAAGUUUUUACAUAACAAUUUGUUGAUACUUUAAUCCAUAGAAAGUAACGUUACCACAUUGCUAGCCAUGUUUUUGCUUCUAAUUCUUGGCUCCAAAAAAUAUUGUUGGUCACCUUAACAUCAUUAUUGGGUUUCAACUUUCAAAGAAAUUUUGGUGAGAAAGUGGCAUUUAUUUGCGUCAUGUAGACGAUGGAACCAUUCAACACGUACAGUCUUUUCUUGCGUCUGUGCAUAAA